ACUGUCGAUAGGUUCGAUAUCAAAUAGCGUCUCCUGAUAUCGAAAAGCGAAAAUCAAAAUUGCCCAAAAUCGGAGUUUUCAAACAAAAACAACAACGGCACGUCAAACCACAGCCAAGCCAAGCAAGAAAAAUUUGGAAUAAAAACAAAAUAAGGUCUUAUGGACAAACUGAGCGCAGUGCGCAUUGCCGUCCGCGAGGCGCCUUACCGCCAGUUUUUGGGGCGUCGGGAGCCGAGCGUCGUUGAAUUUCCGCCAUGGGGCGAUGGAAAGUCGCUAGUGGUGGAGCAGAAUGAAUUCCACUUCGACCACGCCUUCCCGUCGACCGUCGGCCAGGAUGAGAUGUACCUGGCUCUGAUCCUGCCGCUGGUAGAGAAGGCGCUCCAGGGAUUCCAGUGCACGGCACUGGCCUACGGGCAGACGGGAACGGGGAAAAGCUACUCCAUGGGAAUGGCGCCUCCGGACAAGAUCCAAAAGCCCGAGCAUCUUGGUGUUUUGCCCCGCUGUCUGGCCGACAUCUUAGAGCGUGUGAAUGCCAAGCAGGAGAACGAAAAGGAGCCCAUCCAGUUGUUCGCUUCCUUUAUCGAAAUUUACAACGAAAAAGCCUAUGAUCUCCUGGGCUCCUCACCACAUACGCCUAGUGCGCGUUGCCACAGAUGCACCUGCCUUCCCUUGAGCAGCCAAGAGGAUCUGCAGGACCUGCUGCAACAGGGCACGGGGAAUCGUCGCGUGCGCUCUACCAAGAUGAAUUCCAGCAGUUCCAGAUCACACGCCAUAGUAACCAUACAUGUGAAAAGUAAAACCAGCCAUGCGAGACCGGGCGUGGCCAAGCAGGAGGGAGUCAACAUCAACCUGGGACUGCUCAGCAUCAACAAGGUGGUGAUGUCCAUGGCGGCUGGCCGCACUGUGAUUCCCUACCGCGACAGUGUCCUCACCACAGUUCUACAAGAUUCGCUCACCGCGCAAUCGUAUCUAACCUUCCUGGCCUGCAUCAGUCCCCAUCGAUGCGAUCUUAGCGAGACGUUGGCCACUUUGCGCUUUGGCACCAGCGCCAAGAAGCUCCGCCUGAAUCCGAUGCAAGUGGCUCGCCAAAAGGUGAGCUUCCAUACCCAUUGCUUCCUAGAUAUAGUUAAAGUCCACGCAGUCGAGGAUCACCUCUCGCAUACGCUGUUUAAAAGUCGCCUCGUUGCCCACGCCCAGGAAUCCGGCGCCCUGCAGAUCCGUGGUGGCUCCGGCCUCGAUUCGCUCGCUGAUCGCUUGGAGGUCGGGCACAUCCUGGCCCUGCAUUGUCACGAUGGGAAGAACCAUCAUGGCGAGGAGCAGGCCCACAGGAGCUUUGGUGGCCACUUGGUCAUCGAAGGCAGGACGGGGAAGAAGUUGCUCCAACUGCUCGCCUGUGCAGCCCCAACUCCUCGUAGUAGUCCUCCACCAUAUUUUGAGUACCGUUGGCGAAAGUCUCGCGAGGUGCAUGUCCUCCAGCACGAUGCAUUCGUUCGGCUCAUCCUGACGAGUUCCGAAGCAAAGGGCGUGCUGCCGGAAACGAUCCUCUGCGGGGCCGAAAUCGAAAAGGACAGGCAACUGAUGCCCCCACCUGGUGUGGGAAAUGGACAGCCCAGCAGCCUGCACUCCACCGCAGUGAGCAUUGCCGAGGUUGAUGAGCAGGAGGAGCCAGCUGAGAUGCCGUCGAUCUCUGCCACAGUUCGCACCCAGCUCUUCAGGACAAAUGUCAGUCCCAUAAGUCUGCGGUCAUCCAGCAUACUAAAGGAACUCAGCGGGAUCCAGCCAAUGGAGGAGACUUUGAUUACUGUUCCCAAGCAACCGUCUAUUCUCCGACGCUCCAUGCGUCUAGCCAACCAAAGACCGCAGAGCUACGGGGUCAUUCCCAAAGUUAUUAAUUUGCGCAACGCGCAACAGUCAGCAAGCCAAGAACAUUCCUCUUCCGUCUCGGUAAAAAAGGAGAAAUUUAGCCAGCUCAAGGAUCUCAUUACACGGGUUGAAGCUCCCCCAAAAAGAAGUCGUUCGAGAAACAACACUUCUCCAGCCGAUGAAUGGAUGGCCCAUAAUAAAAGUUUAUUCCUUGACCUGCUCAACAGGGGCAGCGUGAAGGAGCUGCAGAAAAUUCCCGGUAUCGGCCCAAAGACAGCCUUUACUUUGGUUAUGCAUAGAUCUCGCCUGGGAUGCUUCCUGAAUCUAGAUCAAGUAAAAGACCUGCCAAUUUGGCCCGGAAAGAGCUGGAAUAGGUUUAGCCAAGCCAACUGCUUGGAGAUUUGAUUAAUACGUAUAUAAGAUCAGUUUUACGUUCAAUUAUCUAUAGGGUUUUUUCUUAUGAUUUACAAAAUCCUUAUUUAUAAGUAGAACACAUACCUUGACACUUACAAUAAGGUUUUUGUGUGUAAUAUGUGUAAUAUUUCUUAAUGUUUUUUGUUUGUUUUUGACUUUUUAUCGAUUCAUGUAAGCUAGAUUACUUCUCUAAUAAGCUGUAUGUAAACCAAUGUCUUAAAUUAGGUACAUUAUGUGAAAACUGUUUUAUACGGUCAUCAUAAAUAGCAAAACAAGUACGCUUUCCCUA